ACUUGUCAAUCUCUAGCAGCAAAAGGUACAUUUUAUAACCCCCACUUUUCCAGUGGAAACGUCGUCUCGGCAAGUGAACAUUCUAACAACUUUUUCGUGUGAGUAUUAAUUAAUCCGGAAAUGGAGCCCAGCUACAGGGAAAAGCGGGAGUGGCUCAACAACCGCGGCAAGGGUACUUCCAACUAUGGAGCCCAUCGGGUCAUUGGUGGCUACUCCGGCCAAUUGGGGCAGCCCCCGCAAACGGGUCGCAGUCUGGGUGGCUGGGCCCCUUGGUCGGGACCAAACACAACCACAAACUCCAUGCCUUACAACUCUUCUACUGAUUACCGAAAUCCUGCUGCCCCGCAGGCCAACUCUCUUUGGAGCCGCGAAAGAUCCGGGUACCACCGGAAUCAAGACCAAGACCAAGCAAGACCUAGUAACAGCAUGAACAACCGCUCGUGGUCGGCCAGUCGCGGACCUGCUGCUGCUGCUCCUCCACCCCCUUCCAUCGGGGGGGACCAGUGGCAGGCUCAGGGACCGGCACAGGGACAGGGGCAUGGUCCAAACUCCAUUCCAAGUCCCAAAAUGCAGUCCAUAAUCAUACAAGCGGAAGAAAUGAAUGUACCGAAUCACAUUCGUGAUCAGCUCUUCGGACUUAGCGGCGCUAAACGCAAGUGGUUCUAUCGCUACCUCGAAAUGGGCUGCAGCCAUGAGGAAGCCCUGGCCAAGUCGUUGGAAAGACUGACCAAUCCGUCUGGCUUCAAGGGUGGCUCACUCAAGUGGUACGACAAGUACAUUGCCAGCGGUUGCACCGAGGCGGAGGCUCGUGCCAAGGUGCUGGAGUACAAGCGGAACCAUCCAUCAAGUCGCGACCGCAAGGGUCCGGAGCAGACUGCUGUUCCGGAUGAUCGCGGUCGCAAGCGUCCGAUCGAUGACAACUCCUAUGGCGGCAGGGCCAAGGAGGAGCCGAAGAAGCAGCGGAGGGCUGCAGAGUUGCCUCCGAAGCGAAGCUUUGUCAUGGCCGUCAUGUCGGAUAAGUAUCCCACAUGCGUGCUGAGCAAGAAGCAGCUGUCUAGAAUUGAGGCCGCCCUCGUGGAGGAAAUGCGAAAGGGUUGGAGGACCAGUAUCAACUUUGGAGGCAUCCAAUUUCUCCCGGGACUGAUUCUGGUUACCUGCAUUGACAGGAACUCCAAGAAGUGGUUGGAGCAUGUGGUGCCGAAUAUCACCGUCAUACAGGGAAUCAAACUAACCUCCUGUCCGGAGUACGAGAUUCCCGCCACCAAGGGGAUAACUGUCUUGGUACCGCGCUGCGCCGACGAGCCGGAUAAGAUAACAACUGAACUUCUGAUCGAUCAGAAUGCAGACCUCCUGUCGAAAACUUGGCAAGUUGUCCGCACUACCUUGACCAAGGAAAGCAACAAGGUGAUAACCAUCACCCUUAGUGACAAGUCCUUGGAGCUGCUGCAGAAAAAGGGCAUGACAGUCAGCUAUCGUUUUAGUCAGCUUUCGUGUCGCCUAAUGAGCGGCAAGAAUGUUCUAAAGUCGGUUCGCGUCAACUACACGGAGCCCCGUCCACCACCACCAAAGAAAGAUGGCCAGUCCUCUGAAAUCGACCUCACUGAGGAGGAUAGUGAAGAAUAUAUAUCUCAGCUUAACCUGGUUGUUGUGGACGAGGUUAAGGGAGAUGAUGACGAGAACGAAGCGGCUGAAGAAGAAGAAGUAGAUGACGGGGAACACAAUGACCUGGAGAUUGUUGAAGAGGAGCCCGACGAAGGUGAGACUGCUGAGGAGGAGCACGUCGAGGAGGAUGCUGCUGAAGAGGAGGAGGCUGCUGAAGGGGAGCCUGAGGAAUCGUAUGAAGUUGAGGAGAGUGUCGGAGACGAGCAUGACCAGGAGGAAGAAAUUGAGCAUGCUGAUGAGGAAGAGAAUCAGCAUGCUGAUGAGGAAGUGGUUGAGACUGGAACAACCACCACAGAAUAAGCAGCUCCUUGUAAGUAUGCACCAUUGAAGGAAAGCCAAGGCUUAAAGGCGAUCUCAAGAAAACCCUUGAUGCACUGCAACAUUUAAAACUGAACUAUUACUUCAUUCGCAACACGCCCUAGACAUUAGAAUUUACCACAAAGAAGCUCGGACAUGGACACACAUGUUCUAGUAACCAACGAACAUAAGUUUCAAACAAAUUAAAAACCUCUUGCGGCGGCAGUAUCUGGACAUAUUGCCCGUCCUUCUACAUUUUGACAUCAUAUUAUACAUACAAAACAAAUCUGUAUUUUGAUUUUCAUUAAAAACAUUUGGUUUUGGACUGAAACACGGCCCAAAAACAUCUGUAAACUUUCUAUUCUUACUUA